UUGUUACACCAUAUGUCCGUAAUGUGCUCCACCACGGCGCACGACUGGCCUGCCACUGAACAAAUAACAACCACAGCAAAAAGAAACAAAAUGAGCUCACUAAAGUAAUACUGUAACAAAAAGGGAACUGGAAAAGGCACAGCGUAGUGGAAACGACAGACAACACUCAAUGGUCAGCAAGGAACUCGGUUUCUUGUAUUCGUACGUUGAGACCAUGAGCGGGCGGGCUUCCAUCAAGAAUACAAGCGCCCCUGCUACUAUUCAAAGAUCUGACAAUAGGCUACCCAGUAGACUAUCUUUAUUCUUGGACAACAGAAACAUUGUUUCGAUUCCGCGCAAGCCCUUAAGUACACAUUCUAUGGUGAGCUGAGCAAUUUUCGAAGCCCAUCUCGUUGAGAGGGGCAUAUUGGAAAGACGGUGUGAGCUCAAACAAACGCACUCAAAAGCUAAAAGCCAGUAGCUGUUGAAAAAUAAACGAAAAAGAUGUCUUCGCACCCACCGGGUCUGCCUGGAUUACCCAUGAUCCCAGGACUGCCAGGUCCCUCGGGCGUUUUUGGGCACGCCCUGACACAGGCGGAUCGGCGCCGUCCAGAAGCUGAGCACAAACCUCUAUCACUCAACAUACCGGGAUUUUUGCACCCAUCUGCGGGUGCUGCUCAUCUUGCGCUGCCACCGCCGAUGCUGACGCAGUCGAACCUGCCACCCCACAGUCUAUCGCCGGGAGUUAGUGGAGCAAACAGCAUUACGACGAACACGACGACGACGUUACCUAGCGGCAGUGGCGGCGCUGGAAUUAGUAACAAUAACAACAACGCCACGACAGACAAUAGCAACAACGGUAGUGCUGGCGUCCUCGACUUGCACCACCGUGCGAUUGCUGCUGCGGGUGUCACAGGUGUCGCCAAUGCACAUAAUCCUGGUGGUACUGGAACAUCCGCAGGUGCCGUUGUAACUGCUGUUACCGCCGCGGCCGCGACCGGAAGCGGAGGGGCAGCUGCAACUGGAGGAGCGGGCGUAGGUGAGAUUCGCGUUGAUGCCAGCCGUUGUCCUGUCUGCUUUCGACAUUUCGACGACCGAUGGAAAUUGGAACGGCAUGCGAGGGUGCACACUGGGGAACGACCGUUUGCGUGUAGUAGGUGCACGAAGACGUUUACAAGAAAGGAGCAUCUGACAAGGCACGAGCUGUCGCACGACGGAGGAAUUCGUAAUGCUCCUCCAGCAGGCGGAAGUACUGCAGGUACGCAAGCCGCUGUGAACGCCCUAGUCCUCUAUCGGGGCGUCGAGGGUGGUCAAGGCAAUACGGUGGCAGUACGUGGUGAUGGUUACCGUUGUCCAGUCUGUUUCCGACAUUUCGGCGAUCGCUGGAAACUGGAGCGGCACGCAAGGGUUCAUACCGGGGAACGGCCGUUUUCGUGCGGAAGGUGCGGAAAUUCAUUUCGGAGGAAGGAACAUCUCGUCAGACACGAACGGUCCCACGAUGGAGGUCCUCCGAAUACUCCUCCUACAGGCGGUAGUACUGCAGGUACCCAAGCCGCUGUUAAUGCCUUAGUCCUGUACCGUGGAGCCGAGGGCGGUGAAGGGAGCAAUGCCCCUGUCGCAGUACGCGGUGACGGUUGCCGUUGUCCAGUCUGCUUCCGACAUUUCGGAGAUCGUUGGAAGCUCGAGCGACACGCCAGGGUUCAUACCGGGGAGCGGCCGUUUUCUUGCGGAAGGUGCGGGAAUUCAUUUCGGAGGAAGGAACAUCUCGUCAGACACGAACGGUCCCACGACGCUCCCUUGAAUGCUCUACUCCCUCCUGGGGGCAGCAGUUCUGGGGCAAAUUCAAGUGCCGUUGACGUUUACCGAAGUGGAGCGGCCGGAGCUGCUGGAACCGGAACAGUUCCGUUACGUGUAGAUGCUUGCCGAUGUCCCGUUUGCUUUCGCCAUUUCGGAGAUCGCUGGAAGCUGGAACGACACGCGAGAGUGCACACCGGAGAGCGGCCUUUUUCCUGCACGAGGUGUGGAAAAGCGUUCACAACGAAAGAGCAUCUGGUUAGACAUGAAAUGUCCCACUCUGGUGAGAAGCCCUACUCCUGCAGCGUGUGCGGCAAAGCUUUUACGAGAAAGGACCACGUUGAUAGGCAUUUUAAGAAGACACACUGCCGCCCUAAGUACACUGAUCUUUGAUCGUUCGAUCGCAUAUGCACACUAAAAAAAAAGACCAAUUUUAUCAUUAUGUAAGCAGGUCAAAAGUAAGGUCGUUAUAGCAUUUUUGCCUUGCAAUUAUCUCGUUUUGUUCUAUGCUCAUAACAUACGUCUGUCGCAAGUCGUUCGGGGCAGGGUGCUGUCCGGCAGCGGACCAGCCUUGCUAACGAGUCAAUCAUGAAUAAACACACGUAUAUAGGUUUACGAUAAUAAUAAUCGAUUUAUCCAUGGAACAGCAAUCACAGUCAGCGCAAUAUCGAAUCGCCAUUAUAUUCCAUUAUUUCCGCUAAUAACGUGGAGGUUUGUUUAGCUAGUAACAUGUAAUCGGUGACGGGGCGUCGUGUAGGGAGUAAACGUUAUAACACUUUGUGUACAAUGUCAACUAUAUCAUACUACCGAAAUCUAUGGUGAACUAGUCGUUGCAAAAUAAUCAAGCUGGCACUAAGUCACUAUUUGUACUGAUUAGUUCGGUUUAUCUUCUUCAGUCUGAGAAAGUGUAGAAUACUCGAAUUCCUAUUCCUGAUACUAUGUAGAGAUUAUUUAAUAAGGCAAGUGUUACCUGGAAUUAGUAUAUGCAUAUAGAAGUGUAAUCAGGGUGACAUUUAUAUAACGAUGAUGCACACCUUGCUUGGUCUGAAAAAGAGACAGGAAAUUAUUCUGACACAUCAUUCUGUUUUAUGCGCUCGUUUUAUACGUUGAAACCAUAAUACUUAACCAAGUUCGGAAUAGCAAAAAUAUUCUUUAUCUGAACAAUUACUUUUCACAAAAAAUAAGUAUUUUUGCUAAGUGGCGUUGCAUUUUUGUGGCAGGUGUAAAUAAUACUUUGUACUGGCAGCAGAUGAUGAUAUAUAUAGGUGCCUUUUUACUAUAUUUAUAGAAUGGAUUUAUAUAGAUACACAAACUUGGAUUUGAUUGAUUAUUGAAAUAUGAAAUACUUUACUAUUAUAAAUAAAAAACCGGCGUUCCAGGAAGGAAGUGUUGUUAACCUUGGGCGUUUUAAAGGCGAGGCCUAGCAGAAGAAACGUAUCAACUUAUGGACGCCGUAUUUAAGAGGGCCUGAUAAUGACGUCUACAAAUACAUAGACAAGUGGCAUGCCUACGAGAAGAAGCACCGAAUGAAAUGAUUACAAAGAGAACCCCCAGCUCUCUGAGUUCUUGCCAAGCAAUUAACUAGCUGCUCUGAAACUAGUAAUAUAUAUUUCAUUAUAAACUUGAUGUUUCGAGACAUAUAAUAAUGAUGAUGAAAUAAAUAAGUUUUACUGCGGUUGAAAUACUAUAACGUCAGGUCUGUCUGAAAUUAGCCUUAGAAUAUUUUUUUUUAUUUAGUUGGAUUCUAUAUAUAUAUAUAUAUAUAUAUAUAUAUAUAUAUAUAUAUAUAUAUAUAAGCGCUGUUCACGUAUAACGGAAUUGUAACUAUGUACGUACAACAGUCCUACACGGUUGCGGUGUCUCUCAAAUGCAAUUUUAGGUCGUCAGAAUGUAUCAUACGGAGUUAGCCAUCUCUGAGUGAACUAAUUAACAAUAAAAAGAACCUCUAUUUUAUUUAAAACAACACUGCACAUGUUUACUCAAGGUUGAUGAAUUUAUUAUGUUCGAACUAUUUCGUCUUCAAAGUUUUCAAUUCUGAAUGAGACAAGUUUCUUUAGCACGUAUUCGUUUCGACUUUUGCAUACGUCUUCAUGAACUUUUUUGAGUUUUUAACAAUAAUACAGUAACUACUGUUACAUGCUGCUUAUUUUAUCAUCUAAUAGUAAUCUGCCUAUACCAUAGGCUGUUCUAGUCGAACUUCAGGCACUACAAAGUAUCAGAUCUCUGAAAAUAAACUAGCACACUGAAUUUGGAAACCACAGAACAGAAACAUUUGGCACCGCAGUAUCUGUAUUACCAAGCUGCCUAUUGUUACUACCGAGUUGCGUCAACUUUAUUAUUACUUUUAUUAUUUACUUUUAUUAUUCACGGCGUGUACCGAAUUAAUUGAUAAUUGAUUGACAACAAAGUAGUGGAGCUAAUAAACCAAUUUGUCAGUAACAUUUAAAUGCUAAAGAUUUAAGGAGAUAAAAAUCCCUAUGAAAACACCGCGAAAGAAGUCCUUCAUUACGUCGAACGGCCGAGGAAUGAACCUGACAGUUUGAGGAAACUUUGCAAAAAUGAAGGUUGGGCCCAAAGGUAUAUGUGGCAAAGAUUGGUGUUUCUUAGAUUGCGGGUUAUGUGAUUAUUACUAUUAUAAUAUGAAUGUUAUGAAAAACUGUGAAAGAGUAAAUCCGACAGAAACAAGCAUAAUCAUUUGCACGAAUCUGCAAACUUUACGCCAACCACUCGCCUAACACGUUUCGUUACGAAUGAAUGACACAAGGAUUGGUCUGUGUGGACCCCUAACGAAGAACUUCUUAAUCCAACUGUAAUCUAUGCAAUGUGCAGUUCAAUAGUAUCAUCAGACUGGUGAUUAUUCCCACAGAUUUUAUUUCAAAAUAUCAGUUAAUAAUA